AUGACGUCCGAAUUCAUCCUGUCGAAGCCCUUCUGGAACGUGGCCAACACGCUGGUCCUGCCGGUGCUCUCUGACGACAACGGCGACGGCAUCCCCAAGCUGCGCUCGCUCGUCUCACUCUCCCUGCCCAUCACCAUCUUCCUAGACUCUAUCCUCGGGGAACCGCCCUCGGCUGCCGGCGGCUCCCGAAGCCUCGGCGAGGACCAGCUCAACAUCUUCCACUCCAUCGAGGACUCGCUGGCCAGCCUGGGGGUGGACGGGCGCUCGUGUCUCCUGCGGCUCAUCUGCGAGCUGCAGGGGAACGCCAUCGGGAGGUACACCGUGGUCGGCGAGCUGCUCACUCUCCUGUUCACGCCGAAGCGGGGAAUAAAUGACUUUCUGCAUGACUACAUCGAGGCCGAAGACGCAGGGAGAGACGGGGGCGACUGUGCCUCCAGAUACCAGGCCUGCCCCUUCUCUCUGACGGGGACGCUCGAGAGGUACCGUCGGUAUAUGGAGAGCGUGUCCUCGAUCGAAGACAAGCCGGCGGAGGACCACCGGCCGUUCGCAAACACAAUCGGGGACGAACACUUCGCUCUCCCGAAGGUCGUCGUCAACUAGCCAACAACGGAAAACUUAAAACGUGUUAAGGAAACAAAUGGACAUCGCCUGAGACUAAUGGAUUUUUUUUUGGUGCGGGACACUGUUUACAUCAUAUGUGGUUGAUGUAAACAAAAAUGUAUAGACAAAAAAACAAAACAAAAAAAAACGAACACUUGUACCCUAACACACAUCUAUCUAUCUGUUUAUCUAUCACUAUCUAUCUCUCUACAAGUAAGUCAUAAAUCCAAGCCCACACAAAUUAUGAAAUUGAUACCACAAUCCACACGCUGGAGCAAACACUACGCUUCUUGUCCACAGGCAUGCUGAAGCAAUACACGCAAAGUAUUACCAGAAUGCCAUUAACACUCACAAGAACAUACCCAGAAGGAGGGGUAAAGGGUGCAUAACGCGAGUGCAACUGAACAGAUAUUUUGUCACUAUCUGUUGCUCAAGAUUUGUAUUUUCAUGCUAUGCCUAUGGAUGCCAAGUGUCGCUUACUUUGUAGGUGAUACUUGAUAUUCGAUGUCAGGUUUAGCUUGGCGCUAAACAUUGUCAAUGCCAUUGUCAAGAGAUGAUGAUG